ACGUAAGAAAGCGGAAGUAAAGAAUAUAAAAUGUAUAAGAUUUUGCCACGCAAUAUAGAUUGUAAUAUGCGGCCUCGUGUUUUUUAAACGACAGAAGAAAAAAAUUAAAUGUUCAGUCUUAUCUAUCAUUCGUAUUAUCCGUCAGUCAGCGUUAGUUUGAGGAGUUGGAAAAUUUAUCCUAGUAGUAAUAAAUGAUGACAGAAUAUUUUGUGGGUGUUGACGUGGGUACGGGUAGCGUUAGGGCUGCUCUCAUAACCCAUGAUGGGAAAACAAUAAAUAUCGCUAAUCAUCCAACGGAUACUUUUAAUCCCCGACAGGAAUUUUACGAACAAUCGUCAAAUAACAUCUGGGACUCGGUUUGCCGGGUUGUAAAAAAAGUUGUUGCUGACGUUCCAAAAAAUAGCGUCAAGGGAAUUGGGUUUGCAGCUACUUGUUCUUUGGUGGUUUUGGAUAGAAAUGGAUCACCAGUGACUGUCAGUCAAUCUGGCGAUGAUAAUCGAAAUAUAAUUCUCUGGAUGGAUCAUAGAGCAGAGGAGGAGGCGAAAUUUAUAAAUUCAACUGAUCAUGAGGUGCUUAAAUAUGUUGGUGGUAAAAUAUCAUUGGAAAUGGAGGCGCCAAAAAUGCUUUGGCUGAAGAGAAAUUUACCCUCCUCUUGGUCAAGAGCUCAACUUCUUUUUGAUUUGCCCGAUUUUCUCACAUGGAGGGCAACAAAUUCAGAAUCUCGUUCAUUGUGUUCAUUAGUUUGUAAGUGGAAUUAUGUUGCAAGUCCUGAAAAGAAUGGUUGGGACUUUGAUUUUUACACGAGAAUUGGACUCGAAGAUCUUGCGAAGAAUAAUUGGAGGCUAAUUGGUUCAGAAGUGAAGAUACCAGGAGAGGCGGUAGGUUCAGGUCUAUCGAAACUAGCGGCUAGCGAAUUAGAUUUACUAGAAGGAACACCAGUCGGAGCGUCAAUUAUCGACGCUCAUGCUGGUGGUUUAGGAAUGCUGGGUUGUGAUUCACCUGAUUAUCCCAUUGAAUUAACAGCUAGACUAGGUCUAAUCUGCGGGACUUCUACCUGCCACAUGGCAGUGAGUGAGAAGGAGAUUUUUAUCCCAGGAGUUUGGGGUCCUUAUUACAAUGCCAUGUUUCCUGACUUAUGGCUCAGUGAAGGGGGUCAAAGUGCUACGGGAAAAUUGUUGGAUCAUAUUAUCGAUACACAUCCAGCUUCUGCUUUUAUUCGCGAACAACUCGAACCAAAAAUGCACAUACAGCAGUAUUUAUAUAAUUUAAUAAAAUUACUAGCGAGGAAGGAAAAUCUCUUACACGAAUCUCUUUUGACAGAGGAUCUACAUGUUUGGCCAGACUUUCAUGGCAAUCGAUCUCCCCUAGCUGAUUCGACUCUUAGGGGAAUGGUAACAGGACUCUCGCUAUCUUGUGACGAGGAGAAUUUAGCGAAAUUGUAUUUGGCAACAUUGCAAGCUAUCACUUAUGGAACGAAACAUAUAAUUGAAGCUCUGAAUGCAUCGGGACAUGAAAUAAAGGCAAUUCUAAUAUGCGGUGGCUUACGACACAGUGAAUUAUUUGUACAAACUCAGGCGGACGUUUUGGGAUUGCCGGUGCUUAUUCCUACAGAAAAGGAACCGGUUAUGUUGGGUGCUGCAAUUUUAGGUGCUAGCGCUGGAAAAUAUAGAACUGUUCAAAAAGCCGUCAAUGCAAUGAAAAGCUCUUCCCGAAUUGUCAAACCUAGAGUCGAAACAUAUCCAUUCCACUCUCGGAAAUACCGAGUCUUUAAAAAAAUGGCAAAGGAUCAACAAGAGUACAAAAACAUAAUGAAUGACCCACUUUAAAAAAGAAAUUUUGCAUUAAAAAAAUAUUCAUUGUCAAAUGUGACAAAUAAGAG